AUGGAAACUAAUGUAGAAAAUAAUAUAGCUGAUGAAAUAGAUGAAGCUAAGUAUAUUAUCAGUAAAAAGAAGGAGAUAUUUAGAAAGUAAAUUAGAGCCAAAAAGCAUAAUGAAUUGUUCCAUAAAAAGAGAUUUGAGCUUUUAAAUUAGGACAAAUCUUCUAGCAAAGAACCUAUUGAUUAAAUGAUGUCUACUGAAAAUGCUAUGCCUUCAGUAUUAUAAGAAAUUAUAAUUAACCAAAAGCAUCUUUAAGAUUACUUAGAUAAGAUUUGCGGUGACAUUAAGAGUUAAUAUUUGAGGAACGAAGUGGAUAGUCCUGAUUUGGCAAAAAAUAUUAAAAUAUUAAAACUCUACACAUCUAAAAUUGAUGAAUAUCCUCAUAUUGCUACUUGUGUGCUGGAUAAUAAAAUUAUUUAAACUUUGCAAUAAAUCUUAACAGUUCCUUCACUAAAUAUAAAAAAUCUAUAACUAGACACAGCUUAGAUAAUUUCUAACCUUACUUAUUCAGAUGCUGACAACAUAGAAAAAAUAUUAGAAAAUAAUUUAUCUUUAAUUGAUAUUCUAGUUCAAGUGCUAAAAGACUAAGACAACCAAUACUCAACUCAUGCAAUAUAUUGUUUAGCCAAUAUGUCUUAAGAAUAUUUAGAUGUUAGAGACGAAGCACUUAAAAGAGGAGUUUCUGAAUGCAUUAUAGAAAAAUAUAAACAAAAUAAAGCAAAUAAAGCUUUUGUUGAGUAAUUAAUUUGGUUUAUUGCUAUCUUUAGUGUAAGACCUCACCCCUAUGAAUUAAUAAGAGGCUUUAUACCAAUAUUGGAUGAAUAACUUGGACUACAAGGCUAAAGCUAAGAAAAUAUUAAAUACAUUACUUUUGCUUUGAAAAAUUUGAGUGAAGGUGAUGAAGAUAAAAUAUAGUAAAUUUUAUAAAUGAAAAAUAUUAAAAAGCUGCUCUAUUUGUCAAGCAAAGGCUAAGAUAAAGUACCUUAGAAUAUUUACUAGAUCAUAACAAACUUGACUUUUGGAAAUGUGGAUUAAAUUAUGUAAUUAAUUAAUUUAGAGGUUCUUGAUCACUUGAGCUAUGGAUUUGAAAAGAUUAGUAAAAACAUAAAAAUUGAAGUUUGCUAGUCGAUUAAUAAUUUAAUGUGUUCUAGCUACUAGGCCAUAGAGCACAUAUUGAAUCAUAGAUAUUUACUUUCUAAAAUUUUGGCAUAUAUUUAAACAGGAAAUUUUAUUUAUAAAAAAGAAUUAAUAUUAGCGUUUGGCAACUUUUGCAUACAUGGAACAUCAUCACAAAUUAAUUUUAUGAGAUAAAGAGGUCUUUUUUCAAUUUUGAUGGAUAGCUUUUAAUAUGAAGAUUCAGAAAUUACUCUAAGCACACUAGAAGGUAUUUAUAGGUUAUUGGAACUUGGUAAAGAGUUCUAAAGAAGCUAACAAAACUAUGAUGGCAAUCAGGUUUUAUUAGCUUUUGAAAAUUUAGGCUUAUCUAAUAGUUUAAUGAGCUUGUAAAAAGAUCCAAAUGAAAGAAUUUAUGAAAAAUGUGAGUAAAUUAUACUCAAUUUCUACGAAUACUAAUGA